CCCUCCCGAUAUCCUCGCUUCUCCCCCGCGGGUCUCGCCUCUGCAUACGCAGCGCCUCCGGGCUCCGGGUGUCGCUGAGAGGGCUGCGAAGCUCCGGCGACCCUGCGGGCACUAGGGCGGGGGCGGAGAGGGCCGGGUCUGGACGACGCGGCUGUGGGUGGCGGCGCAGUGAUCGCUGCGCCAUGGCCGCGUCGGUGUGGUGCUGCCUGCGGUGCUGCAGGGACGGCGGGACCGGCCACAUUCCUCUGAAGGAGAUGCCGGCCGUGCAGCUGGACACGCAGCACAUGGGAACAGAUGUCGUGAUUGUGAAAAACGGAAGAAGAAUAUGUGGCACUGGAGGCUGUUUAGCCAGCGCACCCUUACAUCAGAACAAAAGCUACUUUGAGUUCAAAAUCCAGUCUACAGGAAUCUGGGGUAUAGGUGUUGCGACUCAGAAGGUAAACUUGAACCAGAUUCCUCUUGGCCGAGACAUGCAUAGUCUGGUGAUGAGAAAUGAUGGAGCUCUGUACCACAACAACGAAGAGAAAAACAGGCUGCCAGCAAACAGCCUUCCUCAGGAGGGAGAUGUGGUGGGUAUUACAUAUGACCAUGUAGAAUUAAAUGUGUAUUUGAAUGGAAAAAACAUGCAUUGUCCAGCAUCAGGUAUACGAGGGACAGUGUAUCCAGUUGUAUAUGUUGAUGACAGUGCCAUUUUGGAUUGCCAGUUCAGUGAAUUUUAUCAUACUCCUCCACCUGGUUUUGAAAAAAUAUUAUUUGAGCAGCAGAUCUUCUGAAUGUGUUUGUUUUGGAAACCUGUACUUCUGCACUGUUACACAAGUGUUUACUGCUUAAUAAAGCUUUACCUGACCUAUAGGUGAAAUAUAAACAUACAUGUAGUUGAUUUUUUGUUUUUCUUAACUUUAGACAUCAUUAUUUAAAUCUGUAAUCCAAUAAUUUUGUGUCUCCUUGUUCUUUUUUAUAUAAGAAAGUGACAGGAAUUAAUAUUACUGGCAACUUAUUUUGCCAAUCUCUUUCCUAUAGUAAUAUACUACUUCUUAAAACUAAAUCACUUCUGUUGUUAUGCCACUGUUUUUGAUUUGCUUCAUAAAAGAUGACAUUUUAGUAGUUGUCAUGCAUUUUGUUGAAGACCAUCCAGCUAUGUUUUCCAUACCCGAAUAAGGAAUGAAUGAUUGUGAUGCAAUGUACUUUGGUGGACAUAUAGAAGGGUAUGAUGCUUUAAAUUUAAAUGAAAAUAUUCAUUUAAGGAUUUUUAUUUAUAUGUAUGUUUUCUGUAAGUAGUAAUAAAAUAAUACUAAUUAAGAAUAUUCAAUACUGUAUUAAAAGCAUUCCUCUUA